AUGGAGUCAGUGAAUGAAGUUGGAAAAAAGAAAGCUAGUGGCAGUAAAAAUAGAAAGAGAGCAAAAGAAAAUGCUCAAAAAAAUGCUUUGCUUGUUUCAAAAAUGCCUAAAUUGCAAAAUUAUUUUUUUAAAUUAGAGACAGGUGGGUACCAAAAAAUAAUUUAUAGAUCUAUAAGACAAAAAAAAAGGGCUGUAUUUUUUGAUGAAGGAGGUUCGGAAGAUAUUAUGUUUUCAGAAAAAGAAAACAUGAAAAUUAAAACAUUUUUUCCUAUCAUUGAUGCUUUAAUCAGUAAUUUAAAUAAACGAAAAGAAGCGUACAAUGAAUUAAAUGAAAAAUUUGGAUUUUUUUUACAUUUAGAAGACAUAGACCAAACUGAGCUUAAAUUAAGAGCUGAAAAGUUAGUAAAUAUAUACGAAGAUGACUUAGAUAUUGAAUUUGUUGAAGAAUUAUUACAGUUUAAACAAAUGGUUUUGUGUAUGCCAGAAAGUCAAAAAAAUUCUUUUCACGCUUUAUUGAAAGCAUUAAUAAAAUAUAAUAUAAGUUCUACAUUUCCAUCGAUAGAAAUUGCCCUUAAAAUAUUUACAUGCAUGCCUUGUUCAAAUGCUAGUGGUGAACGCUCAUUUUCUGUUUUGAAAAGAGUAAAAACAUAUCUCCGUUCAUCAUUAGCUAAUGAAAAAACAUCAUCUUUAUCAUUAUUGUGCAUGGAGUCUAAAGUUGUAAAGAAUAUUGAUUGGAGUACUUUAGUCAAGAGAUUUGCCAAAGAUAAAGCAAGAAAAAAAUUGUAA